AUGUGCAGUGAACUGGUUCAUUUUAGCCUGACUCACUGGGUUUCAUUGACAACUUAUUGUUCAAGUGUUAGAAAAGAUGAGGCGGCAGACCUGCGACAGAGAAAGAAGCAAAACUGCACAGAAUCUGACAAAAUGGCUCCAGAGGAAAGAAACAAAGAAAACUCAAAGCUGGGAAGAUCGCCAAAAUAUAUGUUAAUUCAGCGUUUUGCGAAACUUUUCUUUGGCUGUCUUGCUGCAGUCACUAGUGGAAUGAUGUAUGCAGUGUACCUCUCAACAUAUCAUGAACGGAAAUUCUGGUUUUCCAGCAGGCAGGAACUUGAACGAGAAAUUACAUUUCAGGGUGACAGCGCCAUUUAUUACUCAUUCUAUAAAGAACUGCUAAAGGCUCCUUCCUUUGAAAGAGGUGUUUAUGAGUUGACACACAACAAUAAGACAAUAUCACUGAAGACGAUAAAUGCAGUCCAGCAAAUGACUUUGUACCCAGAGUUGAUUGCCAGUGUUUUAUAUCAAGCAUCUGGUAGCGAAGAAGUUAUUGAGCCAGUGUAUUUCUACAUUGGUAUAGUUUUUGGACUGCAGGGAAUUUAUGUGACUGCAUUGUUUGUAACCAGUUGGGUUAUGAGUGGGACUUGGCUGGCAGUAAUGCUGACUGUAGCAUGGUUCAUUAUUAACAGGACAGAUACAACAAGAAUUGAUUACUCCAUACCGUCAAGGGAAAAUUGGGCUUUGCCAUAUUUUGCAUGUCAAGUAGCAGCUCUCACAGCAUAUUUAAAAAAAAACCUAAACUGUUCUGCUGAGAAGUUUUGUUACCUUUUGGUGAAUGCCUCAACAUAUACCUUCAUGAUGAUGUGGGAAUACAGUCAUUAUCUCCUGUUCGUUCAGGCAAUUUCUCUUUUUCUGCUAGACAGCUUUGCCCUGGCACAAACGGAGAAGGUAAUAGAACUCUUUAACCUACUGAGA